GCGGCGGCCGCGGCGCGGGGACCAGGGCCGGCCAUGACUGCGAACCUGAGCCGGAACGGGCCGGCGCUGCAGGACGCCUACGGGCGCGUGGUCACCGAGAAGUCCCCGACCGACUGGGCUCUCUUUACCUACGAAGGCAACAGCAAUGACAUCCGUGUGGCGGGCACUGGGGAGGGGGGCCUGGAGGAGAUGGUGGAGGAGCUCAACAGCGGGAAGGUCAUGUACGCGUUCUGCAGGGUGAAGGACCCUAACUCCGGCCUGCCCAAGUUUGUCCUCAUCAACUGGGGGGCCCAUGUGACCAUCAACGCGAGGGCUGAGGAGGACGUGGAGCCUGAGUGCAUCAUGCAGAAGGUGGCCAGGGCCUCGGGAGCCAACUACGCCUUUCACCAGGAGAGCAGCCGCUUCCAGGACACAGGCCCCCAGGCCCCAGUGGGCUCUGUGUACCAGAAGAUCAAUGCCGUGUCUGAGAUCAAGAGGGUUGGCAAAGACAGCUUCUGGGCCAAAGCGGAGGAGGAGGAGGAGCAGCGGCGGGCAGAGGAGAAGCGGCGGGCAGAGCAGGAGCGGCAGCGGCUGGAACAGGAGCGUCGGGAGCGGGAGCUGCAGGAGGCCGCCCGCCGGGAGCAGCACUACCAGGAGCAAGGCCGGGAGGCCCGGCAGAGCAGGAAGUGUGAGCAGCAGGAAGUGGUUUCCAGGAGCAGAGAGGAACAGGAGCCCAGUCAGCAGCCAGCACACCCACGGGAGAUCUUCAAGCAGAAGGAGAGAGCCAUGCCCACCGCAUCCAUCGCCAGCCCCCAGCCAGGCAAACUGAGGAGCCCCUUCCUGCAGAAGCAGCUCGCCCAGCCCGAGAGCCCUCCUGGCAGGGAGUUGACGCAGGCCGCCUCCAGGCCCAGGGCAGGUCUCUGCGAGGAGCUGGCGCCCAGCGCCCCUGCCUGCCCAGUGCAGGCAGAAGAGGAGGCCGUGUACGAGGACCCCCCGGAGCAGGAAGCCCUCUAUGAGGAGCCCCCAGUGGUGCAGCAGCCGGACGCCGGCUCUGUGCACGUGGACCACGCCCCGGGGCUGAGCGGGAAGGGGCUCUGUGCUCGGGCCCUGUACGACUACCAGGCAGCUGAUGAGACCGAGAUCUCCUUCGACCCCGAGAACCUCAUCACAGGCAUCGAGGUGAUUGACGAGGGCUGGUGGCGCGGCUAUGGGCCCGACGGCCACUUUGGCAUGUUUCCCGCCAACUACGUGGAGCUCAUCGAGUGAGGGCCGCGCCUGCUGGCCGUGGCUUGGGCGCCCUCCCCACCCGUGGUCUCCCUGCUGGAGGGGGCAGCCUGCUGACUGCACACCUCAUCCAGGAAGGGGCCACAGAUGCAGCAAUAACCUGGGGCUCCCGCACUCACCCGGCAGCUCCCAAGGCAGGCCUCUGCCUUUCCCUGUCCUCCCAGCCCUGGGGGGGCGGCUCCCUGUCAGUGGCCUGGGAGCCGUGGUCAGCGGUUUGUGACCAGAGUCCGGCAGCAGUAGCUGGUCUUUCUGGAUCCUGCUCGGUGCUCCUGCUUCUCUGUCUCUCUGCCUGGGCUGAGGGUGGUGGGGACGGGUGACCAGUAAUGGUCUGCGUGUGGAAGCGCAGGCACCCCGUCCUGCUGCCUGCCGGCCCCCUCGUCCCAGCCCACCAGCAUCUGCCUCGGAGUCAGAACUGCCCCACACAGCCCCCAGCCCGGAUACGCCUGUUACACCUGAUGCCCGUGUGAGCCCGGCCCCUUCCCGGUGUCCGGUGGGUGUGCGCCUCAGGCCUGACAUAAAGAUUAAGAUGUGAGUGAAGUGAGCCUCCUGACUGGUUCUCUGGGAGGGGCCGAGGGCCUGCCUGUUCCCUCCAUGGGGCCUGUGCCGCGAGGGACAGCACACACGUGCAGCGAGGCCCCCGGCACCCAGGGGCCACCAG